AUGUUUUCUUGUUUUUUUGCUCAACGUCAAAGUAGUUAUCGUAAUCAAUAUACCACUCUGCUUCCAUUCCUACCCUUCUGGGAAGCAUUCAGCUCUCCUCCCACUACCAAAGUUCUCAACGGCAACUACUAUGGGGCCUAUAGUCCGACGUAUGGUCAAUAUAUGUUUCUAGGCACCCCUACUCCUUGCCACCACGAUGCUUGGGUCCUCGGAAACUACAUCUCAGAAGACUGUUUGAAACUGAAUGUUAUCAAGCCGAGUGGAAUUAAGGCAGGAGUGGAGUUCCAGUGGCUGUCUAGAUUUACGGCUGGGGGCUGUCGACAGCUGGAAGCUCUGAUCCCAGAUAGAAUCUGCCUUUUAUUGUGCAGCAGUCCACUCACUUACUUGAGAGCAGCAAUUGUUGCUCGUCUCGCAUUGCACUGGAUCCGAGAAAACCUCGCGAUAUUUAGCGGAGAUCCUUCUAAGGUUAUCAUAUGGAGGGGGGGCGGGAGCGCCGGGGCAGCUAGUGUUGGAGUGCAGUUGGCUGCGUACGGUGGCAAAGAGAAAGGGCUGUUUCGGGCAGGGAUUUGUGGGAGUGGAGGGCCGAUCAACUCGAAGAGAUAUUCGAAUCCCACGGCAUGGAAACCGUACUACAAGAACAUCACUGAUACAGCCAACCGCACCAAUUCAACCGACGGCCUCGGAUGCGUCCUGAAGGUACCAGUUGAUGUCCUCAGUUCAGUUUUCAACUCGGCCACGGCUUCUGCGAGCUUCGAGGCUCAGAUAGAUGGCGACUUCGUUCAUGAAUUUGGUACAAACUUCGACGAAUGUUCCAUGUUUGGCAUCAAGGGUGUAGACAACGACAGCGAGGCCCUUGCAGUUGUUAGAGCCUUUGGAUCCGGCGAUGCUACUGCAAACACGAUCGCUGCAUUGUAUCCUGACAUCCUACGUGCUGCAGCGUUUGGGGGCGACCUGACUCGGCAUGCUCCACGAAGAUACGCUGCCAAAAUCGUGGGCAGCACGGAAUUCAACGGAUUGAAUGUCGAGACGGACGUCGCUCAGUUUCAAGGGGUGGUAUUCUUACUUAAAAUCAUAGGAGAGAUGAGAUACAAAACUGUGGUUGCGGUUAAUCCAUUCGCAAAUAAGCCGGAAGCAUUUACUCAGUUUGCCAGGCUGAUGUCUAGGAGUUGGGUCAGCUUCAUAAAUGACGUGGAUCCGAACAAUUCAGCAGGUUGAUAUCCCCGAGAUCAACUAACGCUACGGUAUUGAC